AUGGAGAUACUCAGAGAAACCGUUGCUAGCAUAGAUGCUAGUGACGAAAAUGGUUGCACAGCAUUACACAGAGCUGUUGAAUCUAACGAUGUUAGUGUAGUUCAGGAACUCAUUGAGAGUGGGGCUACAGUAAAUGUUCAUGACAAUCAACAAAAAACUCCUUUGCAUCUUGCAACAGAUUGGGGAUAUAUUCCCAUAAUGAAAACUCUUAUUCAAGCAAAUGCAGAUAUAUAUAAUAUUGAUACUUAUGGCAAUAUGGGUGCUCAUGAUGCAGCAUUGGGUGGGAAAUGUGAUGUCAUCACAGUUCUGUUAGAGUCGGGGUUUGAUAUAAAUUGGAAAAAUAAAGAAGGAGAUACAAUGUUUCAUUUAGCGGCUUUGAAAGGACACAGAGAAUUAAUGCAACUCUUGUUCAGUAAAGGGGCAAAUGUCAAUGACAUAGGCAACAUGGGUCGCACACCAUUACAUGCAGCUGUUGAAUCUAACAAUGUUAAUGUAGUUCAGGAACUCAUUGAGAGUGGGGCUAAAGCAGAUGUUCAUGACAAUCAACAAAAAACUCCAUUGCAUCUUGCAACAUAUUUGGGAGCUAUUCCGAUAAUGAAAACUCUUAUUCAGGCACAUGCUGAUAUUUAUUUUACUGACAUAUGUGGUGACAUGGCUGCUCAUGUUGCAGCUAAAUAUGGAAAAAAAGAUGCUUUAGAGUAUCUUUUAGGAUUAGGGUUUGAUGUAAAAUGCAAAACCAAAGGAGGAAACACAUUGCUUAAUUUAGCUGCUUCUAAAGGUCACAGAGAAUUAGUGCAACUCUUGAUCACCAAAGGAGCAAAUAUAAAUGACCAAGGCUGUUAUGGUUACACGGCAUUACAUUCAGCUGUUCAGUCUAACCAUGAUAUUUUAGUUCAAUACCUCAUUGAGUUUGGAGCUGGGGUAGAUGCUGAAAACGGUAUGCUACAAACUCCUUUGCAUAUUGCAGCAAUGAUGGGGCAUAUGCCCCCACUGAAAACACUUAUUAAACAAAAUGCUUAUAUUUAUAGAAUCGAUAUGUGCGCUAAUACAUGUGCUCAUGAUGCAGCCUUUAAAGGGAGAUGUGAUGUUAUAGAGCAUAUGAUAAAGUCGGGGUUAGAUGUAAACUACCCAACCAAAAUGGGAAUUACAUUGCUUCAAUUAGCGGCUUAUAAAGGUCACCUUGAAUUGGUGAAACUCUUGAUCAGUAAAGGGGCAAAGGUCAAUGACAAUGACAAAUAUGGUUAUACAGCAUUAGAUGCAGCUGAAGAAUCGAAAAAUGAAAGUAUAGUUCAAUACCUCACUGAAUCUGGGGCUACGGCAGAUGAUCAUGUGAAUAAACCACCCGCUGAGCAUCUUGCGGCAUUAAGUGGAGACUUUGUAGUAUUACAAUCACUCAAACAGGAUAAUACUGAUAUAUAUAAUUUACCAAAUUAUGGCGAUAUGGGAUCUCAUGCAGCAACUAUUCACGGGAUAUAUAAGACAAUUGAGUUUAUGUUAGAGUCGGGGUUUGAUGUAAACUGCAAAACUAAAGGAGAUACAAUGCUUCAUUUAGCAGCUCAGAAAGGUCACAGAGAAUUAGUGAAACUCUUGAUCAGUAAAGGGGCAAAUGUCAAUGACAAAAACAACAAUGGUCGCACACCAUUAUAUGCAGGUGUCGAAUCUAACAAUGUUAGUGUAGUUCAGGAACUCAUUGAGAGUGGGGCUAGAGUAGAUGUUCAUGACAAUCAACAAUGCACUCCUAUGUAUCUUGCAACAUAUAGAGGAUAUAUUCUGAUAAUGAAAACUCUUAUUCAAGCAAAAGCUGAUAUAUACUACGAAAAUGAAAUUUAUAAAGAUAUGGGUGAUCAUCAUAAUGCAGCAUUGGGUGGGAAAUGUGGUGACAUUAUUGCUCUGUUAGAGUCGGGGUUUGAUGUAAACUGCAAAACUAAAGAAGCAAAUGCAGAUGUAUACAAUUUUUAUACUUAUGGCCGAAUGGGUGCUCAUGAUGCAGCAAUCGAUGGGGAACGUGAUGCCAAUAAUUUUCUGUUAGAAUCGGGGUUUGAUGUAAACUGCAAAAAUAAGAAAGGAAAUACAAUGCUUCAUUUAGCGGCUUUUACAGGACACAGAGAAUUAAUGCAACUCUUGAUCAGUAAAGGGGCAAAUAUCAAUGACAAAGAUAACAUGGGUUACACAGCAUUACACAGUGCUGUUGCAUCUAACAAUGUUAGUUUAGUUCAGGAACUCAUUGAGAGUGGGGCUACAGUAGAUGUUCAUGACAAUCAACAAUGCACUCCUUUGCAUCUUGCAACAUAUUUGGGAUAUAUUCCGAUAAUGAAAACUCUUAUUCAAGCAAAUGCAGAUAUAUAUAACAUUGAUACUUUUGGUAAUAUGGGUGCUCAUGAUGCAGCAUUGGGUGGGAAAUGUGAUGUCAUCAUAGUUCUGUUAGAGUCGGGGUUUGAUGUAAACUGCAAAAAUAAAGAAGGAGAUACAAUGUUUCAUUUAGCGGCUUUGAAAGGACACAGAGAAUUAAUGCAACUUUUGAUCAGUAAAGGGGCAAAUGUCAAUGACAAAAACAACAUGGGUUACACAGCAUUACACAGUGCUGUUGCAUCUAACAAUGUUAGUUUAGUUCAGGAACUCAUUGAGAGUGGGGCUACAGUAGAUAUUUAUAACAAUCAACAAAAAACUCCUUUGCAUCUUGCAACAUAUAAUGGAUAUAUUCCGAUAAUGAAAACUCUUAUUCAAGCAAAUGCAGAUAUAUAUAACAUUGAUACUUUUGGUAAUAUGGGUGCUCAUGAUGCAGCAUUGGGUGGGAAAUGUGAUGUCAUCACAGUUCUUAAAGGGGCAAAUGUCAAUGACAAAUGCUACAAAGGACUCACAGCAUUACAUUACGCUGUUGCAUCUAACAAUGUUAAUGCAGUUCAGGAUCUCAUUGAGAGUGGGGCUACAGUAGAUGUUCAUGACAAAAAACAAUGCACUCCUUUGUAUCUUGCAACAUAUUUAGGAUAUAUUCCGAUAAUGAAAACUCUUAUUCAAGCAAAUGCAGAUAUAUAUAAAAUUGCUACUUGUGGCAAUAUGGGUGCUCAUGAUGCAGCAUUGGGUGGGAAAUGUGAUGUCAUCACAGUUCUGUUAGAGUCAGGGUUUGAAGUAAACCGUAAAAAUAAAUUAGGAAGUACAAUGCUUCAUUUAGCAGCUGGGAAAGGUCACAGAGAAUUAGUUCAGUUCUUGAUAAGUAAAGGGGCAAAUGUCAAUGACAAAGACAACGAAGGUCGCACAGCAUUAAAUGCAGCUGUUGCAUCUAACAAUGUUAGUGUAGUUCAGGAACUCAUUGAGAGUGGGGCUACAGUAGAUGUUCAGAGCAAUGAAUGA